AUGGCGCGGGCUGGGCCUCAGGCCGCGGGGCGCUGGGCUCUCUGCCGUGCGGGGCUGAGCUCCACAGCGGGAAGGGAGCCCCGGGACCGCGUGGCAGAUCUUCUCUUUCAAACAGCCAAAGAUGCUGCUCUCCAGUAUGACUGCGUGUGUGGCGUGCCGUACACAGCGCUGCCAUUGGCCACAAUUAUCUGCUCUGAAAAUCAGAUUCCAAUGCUUAUACGGAGGAAGGAAGCAAAAGACUAUGGUACUAAGCGGCUGGUGGAAGGUACCAUUAAUCCAGGAGAAACAUGCUUGAUCAUUGAAGAUGUGGUAACAAGUGGAUCUAGUGUACUGGAAACUGCGGAAGUUCUUCAGAAAGAAGGAUUAAAAGUCACAGAUGCCAUAGUGCUGCUGGACAGGGAGCAGGGUGGGAAGGCCAGAUUAGAGGAAUGUGGAAUUCGCCUGCAUUCUGUGUGCACGUUGUCUGGGGUGUUGGAGAUUCUCCAGCAACAGGGAGAAGUGGCCGUUGAGAUGGUUGAAAAGGUGAAGAAAUUCAUUCAGGGAAGCAUGUUUGAGCCAGUGGCUCAGAACGGCCCCGCUCCUGCGAAAAGGCUAUGUAAAGAGCUGAGCUUCAGUGCUCGUGCCGAGCUGCCGGGGGUGCAUCCUGUUGCAGCCAGGCUUCUCGCACUCAUGGAAAAGAAGCAAACGAACUUGUGCCUUUCUGCUGAUGUCACAAGCUCCAAAGAGCUGCUGCAGUUAGCUGCCCUCCUUGGCCCCAGCAUUUGUAUCCUGAAGACUCAUAUAGACAUCCUGAAUGAUUUUACCCAAGAGGUAGUAAAGGAGUUGAGAAUGCUCGCAGAUCAACAUGAAUUCUUGAUUUUUGAAGACAGGAAGUUUGCAGACAUUGGAAACACAGUGAAACAUCAAUAUGAAGGUGGUGUGUUCAAAAUCGCAUCCUGGUCAGACAUCAUUAAUGCCCAUGUGGUUCCAGGCUCUGGAGUUGUGAAAGGUCUGAAGGCAGUAGGUCUUCCUCUCCAGCGUGGCUGUCUUCUGAUUGCCGAGAUGAGUUCCCAAGGGUCACUUGCAACUGGUGAAUAUACAAAAGCUGCAGUACAGAUGGCUGAAGACAACUUGGAUUUCGUUUUUGGAUUCAUAUCUGGAUCUAGAGUUAGUAAUAAACCAGAAUUUCUUCACUUAACUCCGGGCGUGCAGCUGCAAGCUGGAGGUGAUAACCUUGGACAGAAGUACCUAAGCCCCAAGGAAGUUAUUAGUGAAAAAGGUUCAGAUAUCAUUAUUGUGGGACGUGGCAUCUUGUCAGCCUCAGACCGUCUUCAAGAAGCAGAGAAGUACAGGAAGGCAGCUUGGGAGAGCUACGUAAGCAGACUUGGUGUUCAUGCAGAAGAUUAAAAGCAGGCUGCUUUCCUUGUCAGUAAGCAAAGCUGAUGGAGCUGCAGUCAUUGUGAGAGUUCCAGUUAAACACGUAGACACUUCAGCCAGUAGAAAACUGCCCUUUUGAAGAAAAAUC